AUGUCGUGGGCAGGGUUUAAGAAGAAUGUCAAUCGAGCCACCACUCAGGUUAUGAUGAAGACUGGGCAUGUUGAGAAGACAAAUGAUCGCGAUUACGAGGUCGAGGAAAGACGUUACCGUACGAUGGAAGCUGCCUCAUUGCGAUUGCAGAAGGAGUCAAAAGGCUACUUGGAUUCGUUAAGAGCAAUGACCGCUUCCCAAAUGCAUAUUGCUGAGACCAUCGAUGCCUUCUAUGGUGACGCCGGUGCGAAGGAUGGUGUUAGUCGUAGUUACAAGCAAGCUGUAGAGGAUCUCGAUGCCGAAACAAUCAAAGCCCUUGAUGGUCCAUACCGUACUACCGUCUUGGAGCCCAUCUCCAGGUUCUGUGCCUACUUCCCAGAUAUCAAUGAGUGUAUUAAGAAGCGUAACCACAAGCUCCUCGACUAUGAUGCCAUGCGUGCCAAGGUCAAGAAGCUCGUCGAGAAGCCAGAUAAGGAUGUGACGAAGCUUCCUCGUGCCGAAAAGGAGACCGAAAUGGCCAAGGCAGCCUAUGAGCAACUCAAUGAUCAACUCUUCAACGAACUUCCUCAACUUAUCGAUCUCCGUGUUCCUUAUCUUGAUCCAAGUUUCGAAGCUUUAGUCAAGAUCCAACUUCGCUUCUGUGCUGAGGCAUACUCCAGAAUGGCACAAGUACAACAAUAUUUAGACGCUGACACAAGAGAACAAUAUGCGCAAGGACAUCUGGAUAGCAGGGUUGAGCAGGUUCUGCAAGAAAUCCGCGAAUUAAGCAUCAGUGGAACUGUUUGA